UCCUCCGCGUAAGUCGUGCCGACCGUACCUCGCUCGCAUGUCCCUUCUCGCGUGCCGCCAGAAGGAUCCCUGGUUCGUCGCCACCACCGCUCUCGUCGGGAUCUUCUUUCCAUUCGCGAUACCAUCGUUCCUCCCACGCAAUCGUUGAGACUGCUCCGUGGCAUCGGUCUAAUGUUCACUUUCGGUUGAGUCUUACGUGACGUAAAUGCACGUUUGGCUGUUGAUUGUAGCCUCGUUUCAAACUGAUUUGGUACCAUCGACUGUGAAAAUCAAGUUAGAACCGACCCGGGGAGUUUCUUAGUGGUGUGCCGACUCAGUGUUCGCGUAACGGUGAAUGCACGUUACGGUGAAUGUACGUUACGCUGAAUGUGCGUUACACUGAGUGUACGUUACGCUGAGUGUACGUUCCGGUGUGCAUCCCAGCUUCUCAUUGGCCGCUCAUCUGGGUUUAGAAUGAUUCGGCACCGUCGAUUGUAAAAAUCAGAUCAGGACUAAUCCAUGGUGCACCGGUUGAGGUUUGACGUUACGUUUUUACGUUAUGUCACGUAACGUGAAGUUUCACAGUUUUAUGGUUGGUUUUACGUAAAUGUACGUUUUAUGAUUGACCUUUUUUUCUCCCUACGCGCGCGCUCAAUUUUUAACUGAUUCGGUUUCUCGGUCAGAAAUAAUUAAAUCAAAACUAUUCAGGAGCACCAUUUGGUAUCUAUCUACGUCACGUUCCGUUUAAUUGUACGUGACAUAAGUUUUCCGAUUAAUCCUAUUUCUCGUCACGUAUUUUUUCGGUUUUCUGUUGGUCAAAAUCUGAUCAGAACUAUUUAAAGGAAAUACUUAGUGUUCAUGUUACGUUAUGCCCUGUUAAAUUUUACCGCCGUUUUGCGUAGUUGUUGCGUAGUGGAUUUCAAACUGAUUCUGCCACCUCGUGAACUGAAGUUAAACCAAAACUGUUAGAGGGAAUCAUUCACUGUCGCAUAAGUUAAUCGCAUAAGACCGUUUAACACUUUAUAUCAGGCCACGUAACUUUUCAGUUCACCGCGAAUUCACCUCACAUACCUGAUUCUAGGUAAUCGUGGCGCAUUUACUCAACUGAUUCGGCUGUGGCGUCACGAAUAAUACAUUGAAACCGUCUGUUAGGGUCACGUUAUGGUGCGUUACAUCAUGGUACUUUACGAUGAUAGUAUAUUUCUCAAUUGACCCUAGCUUCCCAUCACUGAUCUCUCUGAAUUCAACGUGAUACGGAUGUUACGUCUGUAAAGUUAAAAUUAAACCUGUUCGGUAGGAUUAUUGCGCUACGUGACGUGUAAAUACGUGCUUUACGUCGUAUUUGUUUGAAUGCGCAGUUUGAAACUGAUUCUAACUGCUAACUUUUUACUACGCGCUUCGCUCGCUUUGAACUGCCGCCGUGUCGUGUGAUUCCCCUCGAUUUGAUCCAUAAAUCUCUCAAGUUCUAAUCGUGCCGACUCUAAUGUUCCUCACAUCGGACGUUGAAAUUUGUUUGAUAUUAAUGUUGCUUUGAUUUUUCCGUCUAGUUCCGUAGUCAAAUGGUGCUACGCUGUUGUUGGCGUUUACAUAGUUUAUUUUAAUUCGUUACGUCGUUCGCGCUUAUAAAGUAUUUGAAAAUUAUUUCAGAGUUAAAAAUGUGGUUUGUGAAUAUCAGUUGUGAAUUUUGCGGGUACUUGUACUUCUCAAUAGUCUCUGCAAUUCGGCUAUUCCUUUUUUGAAUAUUAGAAUCAGUGACUUGGCUAGUUUUCUCAAUUCGCUCGAAACAUUUUUGUUUGAGGAAAGAAAACAAAACACCGUUUGAUCAGCGCGACUGAACGCUAUUUUGCCGCAAAAGUGUUUUUUAUCCCCGAAUUUUUUAUGCGUGAAAUGAGGGUGAAGGAUCAUUCACAAUGGAUAAAUUUGCGCUAAGCUCGUGUGAGACUUUUUAAGCCACCAGCGAAGGAAUAUAAUGGGCGACGACAAAGGAAAAGAGAAGGACGCAGGGAAGUCCCUGCCCCAGGGUCUCACCAUCGACCGGGCCGCUUUCCUCCUGUUGAGGGUCAAGCGAGUUUUCCGCAAGAAGAAACAACAACGCAAACAAAAAAGCGAGCUGCCGGAAAUUCGGCCAGUGGCGCCGCCGGGCUCGAAGCAGCCGCCGCCGCUGCUGCGAUCGCGGACCCUGCCGGCCAUCGUCGUGCCCGGACUGAGCAUCUUGCAGGCCCAGAUCGGACCCAAAUAUCAUCGGGACCUCGCUCCCGGCCCCGAUCAAGAAUUAAAUACCCCGGGUAUGGCAAGAUUAUCAAUAGCUGACACCAAUCUGCUCGAUCCGCGGCGGCACCUGGCCCACCACCGGCUGAGCUCGCCGGACCCGUCGACGGACUCCCUGCGCUCGGGGUCCGUCUCGACGAGCUCGAGUCCGCGCUUCCUCAUGGGCUCCAACUCGGCCUUCUACCGCUUCACCAGGCGCCUCAACAAGCCCGAGCAGGACGCCUCCCGCAGGCACAGCUGGGAAACGGAGGAGGGCGAGGUGAACGGGAGCGUGACGCGCUCGGCCUCGAUCGACAGCAUCGACAGCCACGUCGGGGUCGGCAAGAACUGCGUGAGCCUCGUCCGGAGCCGCCUCCCCUCCCCGCUCCACCGCACCCCGGCCACCUCCCCCGGCGCCGCCUCCCUCCAGCCCAGCGACCGGGACAGGGACCGCGAGAAGGACAAGAAGAAGAAGGACAAGACCCACCGAGGAUCCUCCUGCCCGCCACUGGUCAGCGAGAUCGGUGACUACCUGAACACCAUGACCUACCCGACAGCUAGCGGAGCUUAUACUGAGUCAAUGGAGGUCAGUGCAUCUGAGAAAGAAGCGAUGGAAAAUGUUGGCCCUGAAAAUCCGGUUCCAAGGAGAAAAAAAAUUCAACACAUUGAUAUACAUUUGCAUGCCCUUUUUGCUGCCGUCGAACAUGGGCACUUGGAAAAGGCAAGAACUAUCCUCGAAACCAACACUGUCAACUUGAACCAGGUGAACAGUGACGGGUUUUCUCUGCUGGAUGUGGCCUAUCUAGGGCGCAACGAGGCGCUAGUGAGGCUGCUCAUCGCGUUCGGAGCCCAAGAAGGCAAUAAGUAUUGUGAUGGGGACGGUAUGGGGAGCCACCUGCGGGACCUGAUGAGCGAGGCGGAGGUGAAGCUGGACGAGCUGCGGGGGAGCCUGGAGCAGGACGAGGCGGCGGCGAGCGCCCUCUGCGCCUCCGCCUCCACCUCCACCUCCAAAAGCAGCGCCACCACCGCAGCAGCCACCGCCGCCGCCGCCGCCGUCGCCGAGGCAACCAAGAACUAUUCCCUCUGGGAGCGCCGACUCAGAGGACUCAGGAAAAUGAUCGCCGGAUUCGACCAGACUAGAGUACCUGAUCCCCCAUCUGUUGUAGAGGCAGAGGUAACGCAAUCAACCUCAGUUACCGUAAGAUUCAAGGAACCAGAUCAUCAAGAUACACCUGUAACCACUAAAUUCAAAGUUGAGUGGAGUAAAGACAGUAAUUUUAGGAAUUUAACUGGAUCUCUGGACGUAUUAGAUGCAAAGCAAGCUGCUGUUAAUGUUGAAAACUUAACUCAUGGAGAUCGUUACUUCUUUAGAGUUGCCUGCGGCAAUCUCAAAGGAUUCAGCCCUUUCAAAAACUCAAUGCCCGCUUCAGUUAUACCCUCAAGUUGGCGUGAUAUCUCACAAAAAGAAGAAAGACUGGGUACAGAUAAGAUAGAACUUUUAGAGGACCUAUUCAAUGAAAUCCGAAUUUACCGACCAGAUAUCGAAGAUUUCAAAGAUCCAUCAGUUUCAGACUCUCAAGCCGGGCAACGGAAGAAGAAAACCACCAUCAAACAGUUAUUCACAGCUACCUCCAAAUUUCAGAAACACUUGCGAAGAGGUGUAUUUUUGUCUAGUCUAUUUUACCAUGAGGACAAAGUUUUAGUAACAAAUGAAGAGUUUUUGCCUGUGAUUGAAGUGGAUGAAACUUACCCAGGAGCAUUGAAUCAUGAUUUCCAUUGGUUCCUGAAGGUUUCCUGCACGUGGGAGGAUAUUAAAUGGAUGAAAAAUGACAUGGAAAAAUCACUAAAUUCAUCAUCUGUACAUUUUAGAGUCAAGUUACUUACAGCCGCAAUGCAGAUGCAGGCUGCCUUAGGUGUUCAAGACCUCGGCCAACUCUACCAUAGGAUAUUAAAAGAUACAGAUGGGACCACCAUAAUAUGUACCAUAAAUUACUGUCGGAAUCCCAAGAACAUUUCUGUUCUCAACUCGAAGUGGUUGCCUCUGGGAAAAAUCAUGAAGCGAACGUGUAUGAUAGAUCCUGCGGGAGCCAAUGUCAGUGAGCUUCUUAUGUUUUCAAUUCAGGAGCAAAUUACCUAUCAUCAAGUGAGUAGCAUGAAGUUACAAAGGGGUUUGUACUUGGGCUAUCUGAAAAUGCGCAGCUCAGUAGAUCUUCUGUAUGUCAUCGUUCCAACAAAAACACCAAAUGUACCACCGCAUUGCAAAAUCAGGGCUAAUCCACAUGUCACAGCUGAAGAAUGGGAUUGGCUAGUUAACGGCCAAGGGGAUGCAUCUAACGGAACAGAACAACAGAAGCUCUUUGCUGAUCAGAUCGCCGCAGCUGCCGAACGGUUAUUCACUUACAUGCAAGUACUGCCUGAACACAUCAACCAACACCGCUUCUAUGACAUCGAAGUGGUAGAGAUGAGUGCGGACGUUAGUUUGUUGAUGGUGAUACCACCGAUCGAAGUAGCCUGUGCUCCGCCAGGUCAAAAAGACUUUCCUUUCCCACGCAACGACAUGAUUGCAUUGCCUGUUCCUGUAUUUGAAACCGCUUAUCUUCAAGCCUACCAAAAACUUUUUAUUUCUCGUUAUUCUCGUCUUAGUUGUAUAUUUGAACUGAACACUGCUCUCGCUCAACAUAGUCAUAGGGAGGCAUUUAGCAAUUCUGAAGUUGCCAUAGCUAAAGAGAGACUGACGCGUUUAGAAGCUUUGCAAUCCAAUCUAAGCGAUUGCUGGAAAUCUGUCCGCUGGCUGAUGGACAUGCUCAAUUUUGCUCGUGACCGAAACUCGCCAACCCCAACAGUUAUGAAGCAGCUCCUAGCAACGCACCCACGCAACCCAAGUGCUACUACCGAGUCUCCUCUGCCCAGACAGCUACUUGAACCGCCAGUUCCGGGACCGUCUGGAGUGAGAACGCGGGGUAGUUGGCCUGGGCCAGGCAUCGCCAAACUCCUUGGAACAGCGACAGCUGAGCUCAGUCGCAGCGAGCAGCAGCUAAGCUACGCAAGUUGCUCCACGACAUCCAUAGUAAACCCACCUACUGUGAUACCCACAAGGCCGCCACCUCCAAUACCCAUAAUCAACCCAAUCAUGGUUCCCAGCUGUAGUACAAGCAGGCUCCCUCCGUCAAAAAGUGAAGACACGUUAGCUCAUCAUGCAUCUUGCUCUAGGCUGGCAACUCCGCCUCUGCUACACAAUACACCUGGGGGUAGCAUGUUAAAUGUCUCUGGCAGUCUGCGUUCUCUUUCUUCUGAUGAGUCAGUGUCUGCCGUAAGGAGCAAGAGUGAGGGGGAAGAAGACGGAGUCACCAUGCCGACACCUUCUCCAGGAAUUUUGCAGGUUUACGCUGCAUAUGAGACUGGUCUGGCAGCAGGGACAAGCCUGAAGUUGCAUGUUAGUCCUCGCACAACUGCCAGAGAAGUCGUGGACCUGGUGGUCAAACAGUUAAAUAUGGCAGUUGUCUUCAAGGGUAAAGGUGGUCCAAUCUACCCGAACGAUCAAUUGAGCAAUUUCUGUCUCGUGGCUGUGAUUGGUGCUCGAGAGAGGUGCCUUCGCGACGAUUUCAAAUUGCUCCAGCUCCAGAACCCUUGGAAAAAGGGUCGCCUGUACGUCAGACAAAAACAGGAUGUACUGGCAGCUCUAGAGCACAGCUCAAGAUAUAUUGUUCCUCUAAAAUAAAUAAAUAGAUGUUAUUCUAAGUGUAUUUAUGCACUGCAUUUGCCUGUGAUCGUUUCACACGGCACUGUUUGAGUCAUGCCUAUAUAAUCUCUCGAAAGUUGUAUACUUUUAAUAAUCGUUAUCUCUGAUGAAAUCAUGUUUUAACAUUGAUUGUAUUUUUUAUGUUACUUUUGUAUUUCUCUCUUUCGCGAUCGUCUAUUUCAUGUUAAUGAUGUUUCAGUUAAUGAUACUCAGUUACAAUUUAAUGUUGUUCACAGCUCGCCCCGAAGCAGAGGCUCCAAAUGAUUCUGCAUUGAAAAAAAAAAGGAAUUAAACCUGUGAAAAGCGUUUUAUUUGUAGCAUUAUAUAUCUGAUCUCUGUGUGUACUUUUUUUAUGAAAACAAAAACCAGAAAUGAAUGCGAGUUCUAUUGCUUCUCUAAGAGGGGUACUGCUCAUUAAAUAGACUUCAGAAAAUUACAUGGUAAAACCUCUCUAAUUACAGUUUUGUUUUCACCUCAUUUGGGACUUGGCAAUCUAUACUGUUGUAUUUUCAUUGUUCUAACUUGUCUCAAACCAAGGAAGAUUCAUCAACCGUAUCUUUUAGAAGCUCUGAUUCUCAAAAAGUUUACAAUUCAUUUGCAAUUUAUAGAAUAUGUUUGAAUUCCUUGAAAAACACAGACUGAAUUCACCGAAUGGUCGCACAAAGUAAAGCAAGUAUGUAAUUAGGGCUGUCCUCCUUAAAAUCUUUUUAAGUACCAAGCUUCCUUUGAAUUUCAUUCAGAGUGUUGAAUUCACAGAAUGAGUCCUCAUCGUGACGCCAUGUCAUCAUUAUAAACGAAUGAUCGCCAUCACACAUGAUCAAUGUUAAAUUGAUGCGAGUCAGUAUAGGUGUUAGAAAAAGGAUUGAAGUCCUUGCCGUUCAGGAUUAUAUCCAAAAUAAAUCAUUACAGAGGUUUUUAUUUUUUGUAAAUAUUUAAUUGAAUGAUUUUUUUUUAUUGAUAACAAUUCUGUGAAAGAAUUAGAAUUUGACUUUUGUCCAGAAUUGUGUAAUGUUUGUCUUUUUUUUUCUAGAAAGAUAGAAUUAUUAGUUUGUUCAACAGGGUUUAAAAAAUAUUUUUAAUGAAUGCAGUUGAAAAUGAACUAUGUACCUACACCUACACAUCUGUAAAUCUUACAUUGUAAGUCACCGCGUAGAAAUCUUUUUCAGACAAAGUUAAGGACUAGCGCAGACUGUGAGAUAGGUGAAUUACUCUUGAGAAUGAACCAAACCACCUAGACCAAACUUUUUUGAAUGUUAGGUACCCACCCCACAAAAAUAUUUAUUAGAGUCAUUUUUUUCACCUUUGUCCUAAAUUCCUGGAAUGUAACAAGUCAACUUGCUUUUCUGUCUGCCUCAUCGGUUUGCCCAUCCUUUUUUUUCAAGAAAGAUCUCUCACGUAGUAUGAAAUGUCAUGCAGUUGAAUGAAUGUGAUCCGACCGCCGUUUGCCUCUUUCUUAAUUUAAUCAAAAAUAUAACAGUUUGCUACCGGCUAUCAAGUAAUUUCAGUAUUCUCAUGCAAACAAAAUUUUAAUUCUGUAUUGGAUCUCUUUUAAGGUGAUUUAAUGUGUAUUCGCCACAAUAUAUCACUAAUGCAAGUGUCUCUUUAAAGUCCAUCAUACUGAAGGCUUUCAUCAAAAUUGUUGUACCCUAAAUGAUACACUCUUCUUUCUGUACAGAAAAAAGGAAGCUCUUAACAACAUAGCAUCAAAACUUUCCAAGGCGCUAUGACCAGAGCAGUUAGGGAAACGCUCACACUGUGAUCUCUUUAUGUCUAAUAGUUAUGAAAUGUUAUUUUUUGUUUGUCUUAAGAUUCCUAGUUUAAGUGUGUAUUUACUCAAUUAACAUAUUUAGCUAAUUUAGAAACAUGUCCUUAAGAUAAGUAACAUGAUUGAAUUUAUUUUGAAGUGUGCAAACACUUUGCUCCUGAAUUUUGCGUUUUCUCAAACUGCUUCAUGGUGAGAACGAACACUGUUUUUGAUGCUUUGUUAUUAUGUGAUCAAUUUAGAACUCAGAAGUUGAAUCAAUUUUAUGACAGCCGAUUGGGAGGCCGAGAACCCCAGAAAUUUUAUUCAUAGCUGAUAAGGAAUACUUGAUGGGUCAGAUGUGCUAUGCACGGAAUUUUUUCAAAUGUUUAAAACCUACACAUUAGCAGAACACAAUGAAAUCCAUCCAAUUCUUAGAUUGCAAUAGGAAGAUCACAUAUCAACCAUGAUAGCUAUAACCAUGGUUUGUCCUGUCUUAAUUGCAUGGGUGUUGCACGUUGAGCAACAAUUGUAAUUAUGUGAUUGAUCAAUUCAAGGUGAAGGAUAUUGUGGCAGUUACCACCUUGGUGAAAGAUGAACGAUUUUUGAAAGGAGAUAUCUACUUCAAGCGCAAAACCUUGAUUUGGAUGGAUUUUAUCAUUUUUUGCUAAGUCAUGAGUUUUAACAUUUAAUCAUGAUUUCACAACUGGCACAAUUGACGCGAUGAAGUCAAGGGUGAUUUCACGAUUACAGGAAUAGUCAUAUCGCAAUGGGUUAUGAAUAACACAGGACAAAACAAUCAAAAUUCAUUUAUCAUUCAUUCAUCAAAGUAACUUUAAAAAAGUCCCUGAAGUUAAAAAAACUUUUAAGGCUGCAAUAACUCUACCUAAUAGCUCAAAGAUUGCCAAGUUUCGUCUUUUCUAUCAUCUUUUAUUUCACGAUUUCAGUUGUCAGUCACGCUGUGUAGGUUAUAUAAUCAACACAACAUGGCAGUGCCGCCAUGUUUGUCGGGACCGCCCGGCGGUCCCGCAGGAGGAGCUGAUACCUGAUUCAAUGACUUGUUUGUUAAUCAUUAUAACUUGGCACUAAAAAAAAAGUAGUUUGUGCAAAAGCUGGAAAAAGGAAGUUUAGUACCAUUAAAAUGAAAUUUGGUUAAAAUUAGUGUACUUUUAUUCUUAAGACAUUUUAUUUAGUACAUUUUAGCUAUUCCUGUUAUUGAGAAAUCACCAUCAACUGGAUUUUAAAAGUAACAAAAUAUCAAAUUCACCUGAAAGACUUGAUCAUGGUUUUCUAGAUGUUUUAGUACUUGCUAUUUACCUAUGAUUUUCUAAACGUUUCCACUUAUCAAGGGACACCAGGUUGCUUAGGAGUCACAAAUAGUAGUGAUGUGGAAAUUAAUUCCAUUCAGAAUUAUACAACCUCAUGAUUUGUAAUGACAAGUUGCAAUAGCUCUCUGCGUAGGCCCAAAAUGAAACAGACCUUAAGAAAAGGGACCUUGUUGUCAUUUUCCUGUAGAACCAUACGCAACUAUGACUUUAAAUCAGAAAUCAAUAAUUGAAAAGAAAUGGUGUCCAGCAUAACUGAGAAGCUUUUGGAAUUGAUGUAACUUUUUUAGAACAGACAUGUAUAUGAAUUAUCCAAAAUAUCCGAAGCAGAAAAUCUUGCCUAGCUUUAACCCCAUCAGACGGGGGGUAGUUCAUUUUGAUUAUGUUGCUGAACAUGUAUUGCUCAACUUUUACUCUAGGAUAACAAGAUCCCUUCUCUAAAUCUGCUCUCUUAAUUAUGUUCAGAAGUUCUAAUGUUUAUAUUUUUAUCAGUCCCAAAAAUUGAUGUUGCAGAAUUUGAUGGUAAUAAAUACGUCCAAUGUUGA